AUGAGCUUCGUCGUCAAUACCUCGGUCCGUAAACUUAUGGUGACUGCAAUGGUCAACGCGACCGAUCGUCAUAAAACACACGUACCUUGCCGAGCUCUCAUCGACACAUGCUCUACCGCUAACUUCGUCACCGAAGACUUCGCUGCUACGUUACGAUUACCACGAAAACGAUGCAACCUAUCGGUCGGGACCCUUAACGGCCUUGCCACACAGAGCCAAGGACGUGUCACGAUCAUGAUAAGUUCACGUUACAACAAUUACAGCAGGACAUUGGAUUUCCUUACUGUAUCCCGCAUUGCGUCACUCGUGCCUGAUACGCAAAUCGAGCGGGAAGUAAUACCAAUCCCUCCAAAUAUCAAUCUGGCCGAUCCCGGCUUUCAUAAACCGGCACCCGUUCAAAUGCUCAUUAGCGCAGGGCCGGCAUUAUCUCUCCUGUCAAUCGGGCAGAUCAAUUUAUCCUCACCUGGCGGGCCAGAUCUUUACUUACAAAAAACGCAACUUGGAUGGGUCAUUGGGGGUAAUGUGGCUCCUGCCAUUAAACCACAACCGGAUUUUAGAUGUUAUCUAUCCGAAAUUCCACCAGACAUCUCUGCGUUUUGGGAAAUCGACGAAGGUCCUUCCAACGAACAUUUAUCUAAGGAGGAACAAGCCUGCGAAGAUCAUUUCUCGGCCACUGUGAGCCGAAACGAGGAAGGCCGAUACAUCGUCGCAUUGCCGUUUAAGGCCAAUAACAAGCUUCUCGGGAAGUCACGCGAAGUCGCUCUGAAACGUUUCUAUAGUUUAGAACGAACAUUCAAGAACAACCCAGAAUUGCGCAAAAAUUACUCCGCGAUCAUUCGCGAGUAUUUAAACUUGGGGUUCCUGUCAAGGGUUUAUGAUGCCCGGGAAGAAGGGUUUUACCUGCCCCACCACGCAGUCGUCAAGGCAACAAGCCUUACGACAAAAACUCGAAUCGUCUUCGAUGGAUCAGCUGCGUCCACUACGGGUGUCUCUCUUAACCAGACAUUAAUGGUUGGCCCGACAAUCCAAGCUGAUCUUUUUACAAUCUUAUUGCGCUUUCGGACCCACAACUAUGUAUUGACUGGUGAUAUUGAAAAGAUGUACCUUCAAGUACAAGUGCGGCCCGAAGACCGUAAAUAUCAAAGAAUUCUGUGGCGUGACGAGCAAGGUCAAAUAAACACUUAUGAGCUGAACACAGUCACCUUUGGCCUAUCAGCCUCUCCGUUUCUGGCCAUACGAAGCUUGCAUCAACUCGCAAUGGACGAAGCGGAACAAUUUCCCUUGGCAGCAGACAUCCUCCGACGGGACUUAUACGUCGACGACCUGCUCACGGGAGCUCCGACCCUCGAAGAAGCGACCAGAAUUAGAGACGAAAUUAUUGCUCUAUUGCAUCGAGGCAAAUUCAACUUGCGACAGUGCGCGUCCAAUUCGACUGAACUCCUGUGCGAUCUGACGGAUCAGUCGAUCAAUUUACAACUACAAUCCAGCGAUGACAAAACAUUGAAGACUUUAGGUAUUUAUUGGAACUCACAGCAAGACGCCAUCAUUUACACUGUGAAGAAAAUGGCGAUUCCCAAUAAGACUACAAAAAGAAUUAUUCUUUCCGAAGUCGCGAAAAUCUUCGAUCCUCUGGGACUGCUCCAACCUGUCAUUGUUACGGCUAAACUUAUCAUGCAGCAAUUAUGGAAACUGGAGCUGGCUUGGGAUGAAACGCUACCCGCCAAUAUUCACACUGCAUGGGUCGAUUUCUCGUCACAUCUUUCCGAGUUACACAACCUGACAUUCAGGCGGAAAAUAUUAUCCAGCAAUUCCGAACAAAUACAACUCCAUGGCUUUUGCGAUGCUAGCGAAAAGGCAUAUGGAGCUUGUAUAUAUUUGCGAUCAACAAACUCUUCAGGAGAAGUGUACUCUCAACUUGUCUGCGCGAAAUCAAGAGUCGCUCCAAUGAAAAAGGUACAAACGAUACCCCGUCUCGAACUUUGCGCGGCUAAGCUGCUAACAACCCUCUAUAAAACCGUUAUGGAGGCGCUCAAUGUACGAAUGGAUCGGUCGAUAUUCUGGACUGAUUCUACGAUUGUACAGCACUGGAUCUAUACAUCCCCCCAUAAAUUAAAAACAUUUGUCGCGAAUCGAAUUGCCGAAAUACGACAAGCUACAAAUCCGGACGAUUGGAGACACGUGCGAUCGCACGAGAACCCUGCCGAUCAAUUAUCCAGGGGUCAAUCGCCGGAAGAAUUUUUACGAAACAAUCUCUGGAGAACGGGUCCAUCCUGGUUAAAGGAAGAAGAAAGCACAUGGCCGAACUUCAAGAUUCAAAUUCCAACACUGGACGAGGAAAUGAGAAAGGACUCGUGCUUCACCGUUGCCGUCAACAACCACGAAAUUCUCGAGCGAUAUUCUUCGAUUGGCAAAUUACGACGGAUACUAUCGUAUUGUUUACGAAUGAAAAAGUAUAAUCGAUUUAAGGGCAUUCCUACCGUUCAAGAGAUCCGACAAACUAAUCAACGGAUAAUCAAAUUGGUUCAAUCUAGCAGCUUCAUGCAAGAAAUCCACGAUCUACAGAACGGAAAACCCCUCAACUCGAAAAGUCGGUUGCUAUCACUCAGUCCAUUCCUCGACGAAGCCGGAAUUUUACGUGUCGGAGGACGACUGCGACACGCAGACAUAUCACACAAUCAACGUCAUCCUAUUUUACUUCCAAAGUCGAAUCAUAUAACCAACCUCAUUAUUGAAAACGGCCAUCAAUCUCAUGGCCAUGCAGGCGUCCAGUCUACUUUAUACAGCCUGAGACAACGUUACUGGGUAAUUGACGGACGAAAUCAGGUUCGCAAAAUGAUACUUCGAUGUGUAAAAUGUAUGCGAGCAAAGCCACCAACCAUAAACUAUAUUAUGGGGCAACUACCGAAAGGCCGGGUUACAGAAGCACGACCAUUCAGCAACGUUGGGGUGGAUUAUUGCGGUCCAUUCUACAUGAAGGAAAAACGAUUCCGAAAUCGAGCCCGAGUCAAAAUAUACGUCGCGGUUUUCGUGUGUCUCGUAGUCAAGGCUGUUCAUCUCGAAGUCGUCAGCGACAUGACUUCUGAAGGCUUCAUCGCUGCUCUUCGCCGUUUUGUAGCUCGACGUGGAAAACCUUCGAUCAUCAGCUCGGACAACGGGUCGAACUUUGUGGGAGCAAAAACCGAAAUCGAAGACAUUCAGAGGUUACUUGGUUCAAACGAACAUAACACCAAGGUGCAUGACUUCUUAUUGGAAAAGGAGAUCAAGUGGAAAUUUAUCCCUCCGUCAUCACCACACUUCGGUGGCAUCUGGGAAGCAGCGGUCAAAUCUUUUAAGCACCAUCUGAGACGGAUCCUCGGAAAUGUUCUUCUCUGCUUUGAAGAUUUCAACACUCUCGUAGUUGAGAUCGAGAGUAUUUUAAAUUCGAGACCCACAACACCAUCCAACCGUCUAUCCACCUGGAAACACGUACAGAAACUCAGGCGAGAUUUCUGGUCAAGAUGGCAUAAGGAAUAUGUCAAUGAGCUCAAUGUUCGACAUAAAUGGAACAGGGGAGACCACACCGUCGACGUUGGAUCUGUUGUCGUCAUUAAAAACGAUAAUCUUCCACCAUUACAAUGGCACUUGGGUCGCGUCACCGCAGCACAUCCGGGAGCAGACGGCAUCAUCCGGACCGUCCAGGUUAAAACGGCGACUGGGACCUUUGAUCGAAGCAUUAAAAAAUUGGCACCACUGCCCAUUGAGAAUAUUGAAAGGACAAUCGCGUCUACGAGCAGUGAAAACUCUAAAACGAUUAUAAUUAUCAUGGGCUAUGCGGAUGGCAUCGAGAGCAUACGGUUCGUCGGUGUGGCGAAAAAACCGUUGUUCAAAUUCACUUUGAACAACGGUGAUGGUAAACGUGUACGAAUAGAGAGAUUAACGUUCGUAGGUGUUAAAGGGUACAUCAAAGUUCCAUUCGUGGACCAAAAAACUGGACACGCUACCCAUGGCUCAGGAGCUAUCACCGCUGGGACCUUCAAACUAAAUGUUAAUAUUGCACAGUAUUUACACGAUGAUGCAAUGGUUGAAGGGGUCCAUAUUGAAGUUGAGGAUGGCUCUGAAUUUCUACAAGCUCAAGAUAUGGGAGAUCUCAAGAUACUCAAUGAUCAGGUGAUGUAA